UAUGAGACCUGGCUCAUCGACUGUCCGCCAUGCACGGCAUUUCCGAAGGGAAAUUCCUACACCUGUCCCGUGUGGGGAUUUUUUGCUGCAAAGACAAAGUACGGGUGCGCUUUGGAUAACUUUCCCUAGGUGGCAAUUGUGCGGCUCAUUCACAAUGAGUUUGAAUCGAUUUUUAAGCAAUGACCAGAUCAAUGGUCUCUCGACUGUGUACCUGGUAUCUCUGUCUAUAAGUUUGAUUGGGAGUUUUUCAGUGCUGAUGGUUUCCAUUGUAAAGAGGAGCCACCUACAAGAACAGGUGAAUCCCCUGGUCCAGCUGGCUCUAGCUGAUCUGUUGGCAACAGUCACCCUGAUGUUCACCAGCACAAUGAAUGAAACACACACCUUCACCCCCAGUGUGUUAAUCUGUGAAAAACUACUGCCUCUGUCACUGAUGUUUUACUUUGUGUCGUUCCUCCUGAUGGUAGUGUAUGCCUGGGAGUCAAAGCAUGCAGUCGAGGGAUGGAGGGAGGGAACAAGAGAGGAAGAGUCCCAGUGUCGACAAAGGAUGGGGGUUGUGCCUGUAUAUGCUUGUGUGUGGUUUAUACCAUUGGUGAUGUACUUUGUGUACGUGAUGACUUUAGUCCUGGUACCACCCAGCCACAUGACGGCAAACAAAGCUGAAGCUAGCACAUACUGCAACAGCUGUAUCCUCUUCCUGCAUAUCUGGAGGGACAACUGCUCAGAUAUAGAACAUAUCCAUGAUAUCUUCAUACAAUGCUUCCUCUUCGUCAGCGUGAUACCAGUUUUGGUGUGCUGCACAGUGGUUUACUACAAGGUGGGCAGCUGGUAUCGCAGGUAUGAGGAGGAGGGACUAUUUCCUGUGGAGGGAGAUGCACGUUCCAGGAAACGGCUGAGGGGUAUGUUCUCCACUGCUCGCUACAUGAUGGUGGUCAUCAUCUUCUGCUGGACCCCAGCUCUUGUUCUGGUUGUCCUGUCUGUGAUACCAGACAUACCUCAAGUAAAUCUCUUCCCCCUGUAUGUUAUACAGGCGAUGACGUUGUCUCUGCAGGGCUGUCUGAACAGUGUGGUCUAUGCCUGGAGACGACCGAACUUCAGAGACGCUGUGUUCGGAGAGAGGAUGCCCCUUCUCAGCCAAGACGCCCCUCUGCCCUUCUUUGACGAAUCACUGAGGGGGCCGCUUGGACCCUUAACCUCUAACUCCUGACUCUAGAGAAGCUGCUAUGCUGCGGGUGGAAUUCUACCUCUGGCACAGAAACAGUUUACCCUCCUCAAAUACUAACCUUUACCACUGAGGGAAGCAAUGUAACACUGACCUCAGAUCAGCAUCUUGGGAUAACUUCAUUCUACUACUCCCACUGGGAUGGUUGUCCGGAACCAAGACAAUGGUGUACUAUGGACGUAGGGGUCUAUUCAGACUCAGGAGAUGUAUGCCUUUCCUACACACGUCUUUCCUAUGCACUUCUCAGUAGUUGGUAUUCAGACUUUCCUUAUGCAGGCGUGUAACGGGCUUUGCAGGCGUGGUUUCCUUGUAAAUUGAUAAAUACAUUUCAUAGAACAGCUGAAAAUCCUCCCACUUGCUGGCCAACAGACUUUCUCAUCGAGUUUUCAUUCAAUAAAGUUUUCUGUACAUUCAACUUAAACCAUCCCUUUAAAUACGGUGUACCUUUAAUUCGAAUUUGGUCGACAGACUCACUAGAAUACAUAGAGAGAAAAGCUUCAGAGUAUUAGAGAUCAAUGGAAGGAAGCCAACUAAAUAUAUGCAUAUUUGUUACAGUUUCAGCACCAACUGGUUAAAAAAUAUUCUGGUAGAUUAUUUAGGCAAAUAUUAGGGUUAGGAAGGUAUGUAUGACAUGAACUGGUUUGGCGAGCCUUUCCGCACAAAAUAUAAUAUAUAUAUUUUUAUUGAACCUUUAUUUAACCAGAUAGGCCAGUUGAGAACAAGUUCUCAUUUACAACUGCGACCUGGCCAAGAUAAAGCAAAGCAGUGCGACACAAACAACAACCCAGAGUUACACAUGGAAUAAACAAACAUGCAGUCAAUAACACAACAGAAAUGAAUCAAAAAUACAGUGCUUUGAUUCAUCCUGAAAGUUGCCAUAUUCAAAUUCAAUCCAUAAAAUAUUGGAAGGUGAAAAAAGUGUGCAAUAGGGGUUGAACAAUAGGCUAGUCCGGUAAAUCAGCCAUAAUCCUUACUAAUAAUUGAACUGUAAUGACAACGGUCCAGUCAUUGUGAACUGUGCGCCAGGCUCCAGGGUUUACCUGCUAUGUGUGGUCUGACUUCCAUAAUGAUUCAAAUAGGCUACAUGCCCCAAAUUAUUGUGCAACGUUAGCCUAUUGAUCCACUACUGGAAGAUACUGUUCCCACCUCACCACUGAAGAGACUGGAAUAACACCUUUAAUCACAGAGUUCACCUGGUAUUCUACAUAAAAUGCUACGUUAAGUGGUAUGUCAGAAGACACCAUUCGCAAUUCAGAAUUUUCCUGGACCUCAAAACAUGCGGUCUAGAAUGUGAUUUCUGUAGCACCAUUUUUGUUAGUGUUAUUUAGAAGAAUCUUCAAUUUCAGUAAGAAGAGAGAAUGAGGUGAUUAUUUUGAUGAGUUGUAGAGCCAGAUGGGCCAGAGAACAAUAUGACAUGACAAUGACCAUCGUUUGAUUGAUUGAUUUGAUUAAUGGAAUAUGGUUUAUGAAGCGCUUCCUUAUGGUGUUGGGGAUUUCACUCUUUCCAGUAGAUAGCUAGAGCAACUGUCAGUGAGUGUGUACAAUAUAGCAAGCAAUAUAGCUAGUAACCAUAGCAAGCAAUAUAGCUAGUAACCAUAGCAAGCAAUAUAGCUAGUAACCAUAGCAAGCAAUAUAGCUAGUAACCAUAGCAAGCUAUCAUUUGUACACAUUCAGUGUUUGUUUUUUUAUCAGGUUAUAUAGUAUCACCCUUUGAACAAAAUUAAUUCAAAUCAGAAGUAUCAUUUUUAUUCAGUCAUUUGACAUGUGUAUAGACUAAAGACGAAAAAGCACUCAAGGACUAAAUGUACUGUACUUUAGCAUGUAGAUGUUCUUUGGUAGGCAUUCAAAUCACAGGAUAACAUUUCCCUUGUAUAUUUAUGUUGUUAUGAUGUUUUAUUUGUGCAAUAAAUGGCCUCUUACCCAGUCCCAUUUUAACUGA